AUGCGAGCAUUGAUGUGGGCGCUCAGCCCCGUUAUUGCAUCCGUAUCGGCGCUACAGCAGCAGCUCCCUGUGCAGCCGCAGCCAUCGACGCCAUCGACGACGAGCGAAGCGCCACCGGUUGAAAUAUACGUAUGCACGGGCCGCGACUGCCUCGAAGACGGAUCACGCGAGACGCUGCGCCGAUUCAAAGCUCUGAAGGACGAGCAUGGUUUAGACGUAAAGCUGCGCGCACGGCCGUGCAUGGGACCUUGCGGCCGGGGGCCCAACAUAGACGCCAGACGUGCGGGCGUGGCCGUGAAGAGUCCUGGCACGGGGGUCACGCUGUGGACAGACGUUGCGGAUGACAGGGGAUGCGCCACGAUCCUGGCGGCCGCCGGAGAACAGCUGGUGCCUGAAGACUACGAAGCGGCGCCGCCACGGACCUUCGCGGAAUCGGCGUCGAAGUUCUACCGCGGCUACUGGAAACAGAUCAACAACGUCUUGUUCGCAUGCACAAUCGUCGCUGUCGACUGGCUCUACCAGGAGCGACCAGACAUUGCUGAUGAAUAUUCGCUCCGCAUCGCCGCGGGACUCGUGCUGUGGCAGCUGUGCAUCCGGGCCGCGCAGGGGAGGAUGUACGUCCGCGCGUCCGAGCAACCGACUGCGAAGCGGAGGGGUGAGAACUAACAACAACAAC